AUGGCUAAAAGACCUGUUCGCCUUCCUUCUGAUAAUAAGGAAAGGCCUUUCAAAUGUGAGCAUUGCUCUCGUGGGUUCCACCGCUUGGAGCACAAGAAAAGACAUAUGAGAACCCAUACUGGUGAAAAGCCUCAUGGCUGUUCAUUCCCUGGUUGUGGUAAGAGUUUCAGUAGAAGUGAUGAACUAAAAAGACAUAAUCGAACUCACACAGGUGUUUCGCAAAAGAAGAAGAAAACAAAGGGUAAGGGAGCAAAGAUACAAGACCCAAUGGCUGGAGAAGAAAAAUUAGUGGAGCUAGUUAAUGUUCAGUUCCCGGUACCGUACACAUCCGUUCAGAAUGGUGAAACAAACAUGUCCCCUCCCAUCCCAGGCUCGCAGCCAAUAUCUAUUCCUAUUGCGAAUCCACUGCCGCACCCAACGUCCGGAGUUUACUUUAAUGUCCAACCUGGUACAUCUCCAUUAGUGGCUAUCGCUCAACAGCAAUUGGGUAUGGUUAAUUAUCAUGGAUACCCCACAGUAGCUGCUAGUGAGUCUAUCACACCUGUGCCUAUAUUGAGUACUUCAGCAAGUUCAGUAGCUCUAAGCGACAUGUCACACACAUCCUCGGCAUUUUCAAAUAUUGGUGGAGGCCAUUCUGGUGCUGGUUCACUAUCUACUUCACCAUCAAGUAUGAAUGAUGUAUACUUGAAUUGUAACUCUAAUAAUCUACCACAUAAGGUUAACAACACUACAAAUCCGUGUGCUCCAACGUUGCCGCCUGUAAUCAACAUCACAAACAGUGCUGUUGGCUAUAACAAUGUUUUGAAUUCUCUACAGAACAAGACCUCCAAAGCAAAUUCUCGUGUCACAAAGGCCGAAAAAGGUGGGCCACUUUUGUCAACAUCUCCAAUUGAUAUCAAGCCAUUAUCUACAAACAACAGCUCGACAUCAUUAGUGGCAUUACUGAAAAGUGAUGCUAGUUUGGCCCCAUUGAAAAAAGGCCCACUACAGCUUGCUUCAUCAACAAGAAGUACAGCCAAGUAUCUUGAUGGCGUUUCAGAUGGGGAUGAUAACAGAUAUUACUCGCAAGGAGAUGAAGACCAGGACGAUGAUACUGAUACAUGUACUACUCCUCGUGAAAACAUCAAAAUUACACUGCCGCCAUUGAGUAAUCUUAUUAAAGGGAUUGAAAUAUUCAAUGGUCAAGCAUGA